CAAUGUCACGUGAGUUUUAUGGUCAAUGGGUGACCACUGAAUUGAUAUAUGUACCAAAUAUAUUUUAUUUUAUGUUAUUUUUGUAACUUAUUAAGUAUUUUGCCACAUAAGGAAAAUAUCAAACUAUGAAGUCAUAAAAUAUUUCAUUACUUGACACAAGCGUUCCUGUUAUUAAAGUGUUAAUUUUUCAGUGUUAUUAUUAGGAAUACUAAAAUGGCAUAUUUGUGCAGUCGAUAUAAAAUAAUUGUUCUGGUCAUGGUUGUGCUAAUUAUGUGGCAAGUUUAUGCUAAUUAUUCGCGGUUUGUGUUAAAAAAACCAGCAACUACGCCGGAGAGUAAUAUAGUUCAAUUGGAAGAUGAUGCAUACAACACACAUAAACAGGACAAAGUUAAAAUAAGAGUAUAUUAUGAAACAUUGUGUCCAGAUUCAAAGCACUUUUUUAUAAAGCAUUUAGGGCCAGUUACUGAGAAGCUUUCAGAUUUCAUUGAUGUGGCUUUAGUCCCAUAUGGAAAAGCAACUACAACAGAAAAAAACGGUCAGUAUUACUUCAAAUGUCAGCACCAAGAAGAAGAAUGUUAUGCUAACAAAGUACAUGCAUGUAGUAUAGACAUACUAAAUGAUAUGGUAUUAGCAGUGAAGAUAACAGUCUGCAUGAUAGAGGAUAAUUAUGAUGCUGAUGCAGCUCUUACAAGGUGUGCAAAGCAAUUGAAUAUAGAACCAGAACCUAUCCUUAACUGUGCUGGAAGUACUCAUGGCUCUGAACUAUUAAAAAAAUAUGGUGACGAUACACAUAUCUUGAAACCCACAUUUAUACCAACUGUAUUAUUGAACAGUUCAAGAGAUAAUCAAGCAGCUAUAUUAAAGAAUUUCUUAUUAGAAGUAUGCAAAUUAAUAUCUAUGCCACUGCCACCACCGUGUUUGUGACAUUUCCGACUAAUUAGUAACAAGUACAUUCAAUUAAAUUAACCAAAAGUCUGAGAAUAUUGACAUAACAUAGAUUAUCAAUACAAUUUAUCAUGAUGCGUUGUAAUUUUGAUUCACUUCUAUUUGUGUCUGUAAUAAUACUUGUUUUCAUUACUAUAACUUAAAUGUAUUUAAAAUGGAUUUGAAUGCUUUCAGCAGUUUUCCUAUAAUACUUUUGUUCCUUAAAAAUGGUAUUAGUAAUUAUAGGCUUUAAUUGUAUUCAAUUAAAUUAGAUGUAUUUGGUUUAGUGAGGCUAAUCAAAAUUAAAUCUAAAUUAUUUACUGUUUAUAUAAAGAAAGUUCUUUCCAAUCAAACUUAAUAUUUACCUAUACAUCUUAUACAUAUUUGGUUGUGUUCUUAUUUUAAGUUUUAAAAUUGUUAAUUAAGGAUUUUUGUAACAAAUAUGUUCUUGCCAAAUGCUAAAAUGCUCACUGUGAUUAAUUAA